CCUGCCAGCGGGAGCAUUGCGGAUUGCAGUUCAAACGAGCCACGAACGAGAACGGGCCGGGCUUGGAAAAACGUUCUUACGCCAUCGAUUCCGAAAGGAAGGAAAAUCCUUCCCACUUUUCACUGGUGUGGCGGAUAGAGAAAGAGUGUGUGUGUGUGCGUCGUGUGUGCAUUAAUCACCUUUCUGGCGACGAAAAAGGACGAGUUUGGACCAUUUUGCUGGUGGAAAAGUGCGGAAAGAAGGACGGAAAACUGGUGAAAAUUUCGAAUUUUCCACCGCAGGCAAGCACCCUCGAUUUUCGCUGGGUUUUCCACUCGCGCGAGGAAGAAAAUCCAGGAAAACCACGUGUGUCAGUGUGUUCGUGUUCGAAGGAAAAAUCGAGCAAUCAAAGAAGUUGUAGAUAUUUAAUGCUUAUUCAAAAAAAAGCAAAAAAUAGUGUAGAAAUUUUCUAGCAACAAAAUAAAGGAGAAUAGUGCAAACCAAAAAAAAAAAGAAGAAAAGAAAAGAAGUUUUAUUGGAAAAUCGAUUCCGGAAAACACCAAAACCGACCCCGCGCGCGCCAGCUCAUUUGCGGCGAAAGAAGUGCGUCGCGACGUCGUCGAUCGCCGUCGAAAGUUUUGCGAGCACGGAGGGAAAUGCUAGUGGUUUGGUGCUAGUGUCCAAAAGUGCGAAAGUGAAAAGUAGUGCGCGCGACCCAUCCCGCGAGAGAGGGAGAAGCAGUGCGAGAGAGCGAGAAGGAAAAGAAAGAAAGGAAAGUUGAGGUUGAACUCAGCUUAGAAGAGCAAGAAGAAGCGAGGGCCGAAAAACCUUCACCAACACCCCGAGAAAACGUGUGUGUUCGUGUGAGUGUGCAAUCGUGUGAAGUUUUGUCCAAGCAGAGUUCUUGCUUGCUGAAUCGUCGUCGUAACCCGGAGUGUGCAGAACCAGAUUCAACGAUUUAGCGCAGCGGAAGGAUAGAUGCGUCAUUUUCAACAUGGCGCCGUGUAUAUUACUGUGAUCUGUGGAACGAGAUUCAUGAGCCCCAUACCAUCGUUGACCACCGUCACGGGCCCGAAUCUCGUCCUUUUUAAUUCCUUGCGCAGUGAUUUUGUGUUGACGUAGAACUACGUCGCCCCUUUUUCGAUCAUUGGCUAAAUUUGUGGAAAGAUUGCGGAAAAAUGAUUUUGAGGUUAGAUUUGACGAAACGGUCAGUUUUUGUUUGGUGAAAGAUCUUGGAAAAGAUUGGCAACGGCGAUAGAAAUAAAACAGUUUUGCGUUAGCGAAUGUGAGUUAAAUUAGGUUAGGCCCCGUUCGGAUGUGAAUUCAGCAGAGUCGAAGAUUUAAACCACAACAAAAACGCGAUCGGUCAUGAGAAAUUUCGCCCCCGAACGGAUCGUGAUCGUGAGCGUUAGCAGAAGCUGCUGCGACAGUGUUGUUGCCCGCGGCGCCGUUACCGAAGCCGCCGCCCCGACUGUGAACUUUGUUUGUGUCACGGGACGACCCACCGUCCAGACCAGUUCCUGGGGCCCGAGCCAACCGUCGUCGCCACUGCCGGCGGCCCGCGGUGCUUGCCCAAGCGACCGCCGUUGCCGUGCCCCCGAAACACACCAUUGUUAGCAGGCCUUGGAAAUCUGAGGCUCUCAUUGUUGGCCAUAUAGACAAUGACCGAAGACCUCGAUUCGAUAUCUGAGGAAGAACGUAGUUUGUUCCGUCCUUUCACCCGUGAAUCAUUACUUGUUAUUGAAGAACGCAUCGCAAAUGAACAGGCAAAACAGCGCGAAUUGGAAAAGAAGCGAGCCGAGGGGGAGACUGGUUUUGGUCGGAAGAAAAAGAAAAAAGAAAUUCGGUACGACGAUGAGGACGAGGAUGAAGGUCCCCAGCCGGACUCCACACUCGAGCAGGGAGUGCCGAUCCCUGUUCGAAUGCAGGGCAGCUUCCCUCCGGAAUUGGCCUCCACGCCUCUCGAGGAUAUUGACGCUUUUUACUCAAACAUUAAGACAUUCGUAGUAGUUAGUAAAGGAAAGGAUAUUUUUCGUUUCUCCGCAACCAAUGCAUUAUAUGUACUCGAUCCGUUCAAUCCUAUACGUCGUGUAGCUAUUUAUAUUUUAGUACAUCCAUUAUUUUCAUUUUUUAUAAUAACAACCAUUCUUGGUAAUUGUAUUUUGAUGAUCAUGCCAUCCACGCCGACAGUCGAAUCUACCGAGGUGAUAUUCACCGGCAUCUACACGUUCGAAUCAGCUGUAAAAGUGAUGGCGCGAGGUUUCAUAUUACAACCGUUUACUUAUCUUAGAGAUGCAUGGAAUUGGUUGGACUUCGUAGUAAUAGCAUUAGCAUAUGUAACUAUGGGUAUAGAUUUGGGUAAUCUCGCUGCAUUGAGAACAUUCAGGGUACUACGAGCUCUCAAAACAGUGGCCAUCGUUCCAGGUCUCAAGACCAUCGUCGGCGCUGUCAUCGAGUCCGUAAAGAAUCUCAGAGAUGUGAUAAUUUUAACAAUGUUUUCGUUGUCGGUGUUUGCUUUAAUGGGGCUGCAGAUCUACAUGGGCGUGCUGACGCAAAAGUGCAUCAAGGAGUUCCCGACGGACGGCUCGUGGGGUAACCUGACCCACGAGAACUGGGAGCGGCACCAUUCGAACGAUUCCAAUUGGUACUUUUCCGAAACCGGGGACACGCCCCUCUGCGGCAAUUCGUCGGGUGCUGGCCAAUGUGAGGAAGGAUAUGUAUGUUUACAAGGUUUUGGAGAUAAUCCAAAUUACGGGUAUACAAGUUUUGAUACUUUCGGAUGGGCAUUCUUAUCUGCCUUUCGUCUCAUGACCCAGGACUACUGGGAGAAUUUAUAUCAACUGGUGUUACGAUCAGCUGGACCGUGGCACAUGCUCUUCUUCAUUGUGAUUAUCUUCUUGGGUUCGUUCUACCUUGUAAAUUUGAUCUUGGCCAUUGUCGCCAUGUCGUACGACGAACUCCAGAAGAAGGCCGAAGAGGAAGAGGCCGCCGAGGAAGAAGCGCUUCGGGAAGCGGAAGAAGCGGCCGCAGCGAAACAGGCCAAACUCGAGGCCCACGCAGCGGCGGCGGCGGCCGCAGCCAACCCGGAGAUCGCCAAGAGCCCGUCGGACUUUUCCUGCCACAGUUACGAGCUGUUCGUGGGCCAGGAGAAGGGCAACGACGACAACAACAAGGAGAAGAUGUCGAUCCGGAGCGAAGGAUUGGAGUCGGUGAGCGAAAUCACAAGAACAACCGCACCAACAGCUACUGCAGCUGGCACUGCAAAAGCCCGUAAAGUGAGCGCGGGGGUUGCGGCGGCAUUUCAGAAGGCUUCACUUUCAUUACCUGGUUCACCAUUUAAUCUUCGUAGAGGAUCUAGAGGAUCACAUCAGUUUACGAUACGUAACGGUAGAGGACGUUUCGUGGGCGUACCUGGUAGCGAUAGAAAACCAUUGGUACUCUCAACAUAUCUCGAUGCACAAGAACACUUGCCAUACGCCGAUGACUCGAACGCGGUCACACCGAUGUCGGAGGAAAAUGGUGCAAUCAUCGUUCCAGUAUACUAUGCUAAUUUAGGUUCGCGACACUCAUCGUACACAUCGCAUCAAUCGCGCAUCUCGUACACAUCGCACGGCGACCUGCUCGGCGGCAUGACGAAGGAGAGCCGGCUGCGGAGCCGAACCCAGCGCAACACGAACCACUCGAUCGUGCCGCCGGCGAACAUGGCGGCCUCGGCGGCGUCGGUGACGGGUGCCGGCUCGGGCGCGCCCAACAUGUCCUACGUCGACACCAACCACAAGGGCCAGCAGCGGGACUUUGAUCAGUCCCAAGACUACACAGAUGAUGCUGGUAAAAUAAAACACAACGACAAUCCUUUCAUCGAGCCCUCUCAAACCCAAACCGUAGUAGAUAUGAAAGACGUAAUGGUGUUAAACGAUAUCAUUGAGCAAGCUGCUGGUCGGCAUAGUAGAGCUAGUGAUCAUGGAGUCUCUGUUUACUACUUCCCCACAGAGGACGACGACGAGGACGGUCCGACGUUCAAGGACAAGGCGGUCGAGUUCGGGAUGCGGAUGAUCGACAUCUUCUGCGUGUGGGACUGCUGCUGGGUGUGGCUCAAGUUCCAGGAGUGGGUGUCCUUUAUCGUGUUCGACCCGUUCGUCGAGCUGUUCAUCACGCUCUGCAUCGUGGUCAACACGCUGUUCAUGGCGCUCGACCACCACGACAUGAACCCGGACAUGGAGCGGGCGCUCAAGAGCGGUAACUACUUCUUCACGGCGACGUUCGCGAUCGAAGCGACGAUGAAGCUGAUCGCGAUGAGCCCCAAGUGGUACUUCCAGGAGGGUUGGAACAUUUUCGAUUUCAUCAUCGUGGCCCUUUCGCUGCUCGAGCUCGGUCUGGAGGGCGUUCAGGGAUUGUCAGUAUUACGUUCAUUUCGUUUGCUUCGAGUGUUCAAGCUAGCAAAGUCGUGGCCAACGCUGAACUUACUCAUUUCCAUCAUGGGCCGAACGAUGGGCGCGUUAGGUAAUCUGACGUUUGUGCUCUGCAUUAUCAUCUUCAUCUUUGCCGUGAUGGGGAUGCAGCUGUUCGGCAAGAACUACAUCGACAACGUGGACCGCUUCCCGGACAAGGACCUGCCACGGUGGAACUUCACCGACUUCAUGCACUCAUUCAUGAUCGUGUUCCGGGUGCUGUGCGGCGAGUGGAUCGAAUCCAUGUGGGACUGCAUGCUGGUGGGCGACGUGUCCUGCAUUCCGUUCUUCUUGGCCACCGUAGUGAUAGGAAAUUUAGUCGUUCUUAACCUUUUCUUAGCCUUGCUUUUGUCCAACUUUGGUUCCUCGAGUUUGUCGGCGCCCACAGCCGACAACGAAACGAACAAGAUCGCCGAGGCGUUCAACCGGAUAUCGCGCUUCUCCAACUGGAUCAAGGCGAACAUCGCGGCCGCGCUCAAGUUCGUGAAAAACAAGUUAACAAGCCAGAUUGCGUCCGUGCAGCCCGCAGGUGAGCAGCACAACCAUCUCAGUUGGAUAUGGAGCGAAGGCAAAGGGGUAUGUCCAUGUAUAUCUGCAGAGCAUGGUGAAAAUGAGCUGGAAUUAACUCCAGAUGACAUCCUGGCCGACGGGCUGCUGAAAAAGGGCGUCAAGGAGCACAACCAGCUGGAGGUGGCGAUCGGCGACGGGAUGGAGUUUACGAUACACGGCGACCUCAAGAACAAGGGCAAGAAGAACAAGCAGCUGAUGAACAAUUCCAAGGUGAUAGGCAAUUCUAUUAGUAAUCAUCAAGAUAAUAAGUUAGAGCACGAACUGAAUCAUAGGGGCAUGUCCUUACAGGACGAUGAUACUGCCAGUAUAAAGUCCUAUGGCAGUCACAAGAAUCGCCCCUUCAAGGACGAAAGCCACAAGGGCAGUGCCGAAACGCUGGAGGGCGAAGAAAAGCGCGACGCCAGCAAGGAGGACCUAGGAAUUGACGAAGAACUCGACGACGAGUGCGAGGGUGAGGAGGGUCCUCUGGACGGGGAAAUGAUCAUCCACGCGGAAGAGGACGAGGUGAUCGAGGACGCGCCGGCCGACUGCUUCCCGGACAACUGCUACAAGCGGUUCCCGGCGCUGGCCGGCGAUGACGACGCGCCAUUCUGGCAGGGCUGGGGCAACCUGCGGCUCAAGACGUUCCAGCUGAUCGAGAACAAGUACUUCGAGACGGCCGUCAUCACGAUGAUCCUGCUGAGUAGUUUGGCCCUGGCCCUCGAGGAUGUGCACCUGCCGCACCGACCAAUCUUGCAGGACGUCCUGUACUACAUGGACAGGAUAUUCACGGUGAUCUUUUUUUUAGAGAUGUUGAUCAAGUGGUUGGCGCUCGGCUUCCGGGUGUACUUUACGAACGCCUGGUGCUGGCUCGAUUUCAUCAUUGUGAUGGUGUCCUUAAUCAACUUCGUGGCUUCACUCUGUGGAGCGGGUGGUAUUCAAGCAUUCAAAACUAUGCGAACUCUUAGGGCACUGCGUCCGCUACGUGCCAUGUCCCGUAUGCAGGGUAUGAGGGUUGUCGUCAAUGCAUUGGUACAGGCUAUACCGUCCAUCUUCAACGUGUUAUUGGUGUGUUUGAUCUUUUGGUUGAUUUUCGCCAUCAUGGGCGUCCAGCUGUUUGCCGGAAAGUACUUCAAGUGCGUCGACACGAACAAGACGACACUGUCGCACGAGAUCAUCCCGGACGUGAACGCGUGCAUCGCGGAGAACUACACCUGGGAGAACUCCCCGAUGAACUUUGACCACGUGGGGAAGGCCUACCUGUGUUUGUUCCAGGUGGCCACGUUCAAGGGAUGGAUCCAGAUCAUGAACGACGCGAUCGACUCGCGGGACAUCGGAAAGCAGCCCAUCCGCGAAACCAACAUCUACAUGUACUUGUACUUUGUGUUCUUCAUCAUCUUCGGAUCGUUCUUCACGCUGAACCUCUUCAUCGGUGUCAUUAUUGACAACUUUAACGAACAGAAGAAGAAGGCUGGGGGAUCGCUCGAGAUGUUUAUGACGGAGGACCAAAAAAAGUACUACAACGCAAUGAAGAAGAUGGGCUCGAAGAAGCCACUGAAGGCCAUUCCGCGGCCCAAGUGGCGACCACAAGCAAUAGUGUUCGAAAUCUGCACAAACAAAAAGUUCGACAUGAUCAUCAUGUUGUUCAUCGGCUUCAACAUGUUGACGAUGACGCUGGAUCACUACAAGCAGACGGAAACGUUCAGCGCGGUGCUGGACUACCUGAACAUGAUCUUCAUCUGUAUCUUCAGUAGCGAGUGUCUGAUGAAGAUCUUCGCGCUGCGCUACCACUACUUUAUCGAACCGUGGAACCUGUUCGAUUUCGUCGUCGUCAUCCUGUCCAUUUUGGGCCUGGUGCUGAGCGACCUGAUCGAAAAGUACUUCGUCUCGCCGACGCUGCUCCGUGUGGUGCGCGUGGCCAAGGUCGGUCGGGUGCUGCGUCUCGUCAAGGGCGCCAAGGGCAUCCGGACGUUGCUGUUUGCGCUGGCCAUGUCGCUGCCGGCGCUGUUCAACAUCUGUCUGCUGCUGUUCCUGGUGAUGUUCAUCUUCGCCAUCUUCGGGAUGUCGUUCUUCAUGCACGUGAAGGACAAGAGCGGGCUGGACGACGUGUACAACUUCAAGACGUUCGGCCAGAGCAUGAUCCUGCUGUUUCAGAUGUCAACGUCUGCGGGGUGGGACGGUGUGCUGGAUGGUAUCAUCAACGAGGAGGACUGCCUGCCGCCGGAUAACGACAAGGGUUACCCGGGGAACUGCGGGUCGGCGACGAUCGGCAUCACGUACCUGCUGGCAUAUCUGGUCAUCAGUUUCCUGAUCGUUAUCAACAUGUACAUCGCUGUCAUUCUCGAGAAUUACUCGCAGGCCACGGAGGACGUGCAGGAGGGUCUGACGGACGACGACUACGACAUGUACUACGAGAUCUGGCAGCAGUUCGAUCCGGACGGUACGCAGUACAUCCGGUACGACCAGCUGUCGGACUUUUUGGACGUGCUGGAACCGCCGCUGCAGAUUCACAAACCGAACAAGUACAAGAUCAUCUCGAUGGACAUUCCGAUCUGUCGCGGCGACAUGAUGUUCUGCGUGGACAUUCUGGACGCGCUGACGAAGGACUUCUUCGCGCGGAAGGGCAACCCGAUCGAGGACAGUGCCGAGAUGGGUGAGGUCCAGCAGCGGCCGGACGAGGUCGGUUACGAGCCGGUUUCGUCGACGUUGUGGCGCCAACGGGAGGAGUACUGCGCGCGGUUGAUACAGCACGCGUACCGGAACUUUAAGGAACGAGGCGGUGUUGGUGGCGGCGGCGGCGGUGGAGGUGGUGGAGGAGGAGGUGGUGGCGAAGGUGCCGGAGAUGACACCGACGCCGAUGCCUGUGAUAACGAGCCCGGGAUCGGGAGUCCCGGCGCGGUCAGCGGCGGUGGCGGCAGCAUCGCCGGCGGAGGCUCCCAGGCUAACCUAGGGCCGCCGUCACCCAAAGAAUCGCCCGAUGGCAAUAAUGAUCCUCAAGGUCGUCAAACGGCCGUCCUAGUAGAAAGUGAUGGAUUUGUAACUAAAAACGGUCACCGUGUCGUGAUACACUCACGAUCGCCAAGUAUAACUUCACGAUCGGCGGAUGUCUGAGCCAGGCCUCGCCCCCCUCUCUCUGAUUCAGAUUCAGAAGCACGACAGAAAUAAUAUUUUAAAGAUUAAGAAAAAUACUUAAAAAACAAAACCGACAAAAAAAUUAAAAAUAUUCAAUCAUGAAAGGGAAAGCCGACUGCCAUAUAAUAAAUUUAAUUAUUUAAAACAAAACUUUAAUCGCAUAGGGAAAACAAACAAAAUCCAGUGAACAAAACAGCAACACACUUGUAAAAACGAAACAAAGAACAAAGAUGAAGAAAAGAUCAAGAGUCCUGAGGCAACAACACGCUAAAGCAUUAACAAAAAAAGAACAACAACAAAACAAUCUCAAGCAAAGCAAGCUGACGCGAAGAACAGCCGCGCGCAAAACGAACCGUAAGAAGAGAAGAGAGAAGCUCAACUGGAGAAAUGACCGGAACAACAACAAUAAGAACAACAACAACAACUGUACGUCACUAGAAAGAGGAAACGCGAUCCAUUCAACACGAGUCUUCUUUUUGUUUAGGUUUGAAUACCCCCUCUCAUACCUUUUCGUGACACUCUUUGAAACCUCCCAAAAAAUGUUGACGAUUAGAAAUACACUUACACAAACACAAAUGGUGCUGGGACCUUACCAAAACAAAACAAAACAAACGAUCGAACAUUGCUGCGCGAAGCGCCAGUGAAAACAAUCCAAAAUAGUGACUCUUAAAGCGAAACAAACCCAGAUUAUGGUAGUGAAAGUGAACGAACAAUAACAUAAACAAAGCGAACCAAAGUUAGCGAAAACAAACAGUGAGGAGCGCAAGAACAAUAGUGACAGAAAGAAAGGUGGAAACAUAAACAGUUAAAAAAUAAAACAAGUGAAUAAAUUGACAAAACAUGUGUGAUAUGUAAAAUAGCAAAUCUAAAUAAAAACAAAGGAAACAAAUCAAUAUCAAUAGACAUUACGAAAAGUGAAAGGGGUUACGACGAUUAAAACAGUGCAGUUGGACAGUUGAAUUAAGUGGAAAUAAAACAAGAAGAACAGAUCAGACAAACCAAACAUACCGAACCAAGAGUUACCAACCGAGCGACGGGAGCAGAUCGGACACCUACACAGAAUUUCAGAAAAAAAAACCAUUUCUCGACCGACUUUAUUCCGUUUUCAAACCGUCUUUUCCAGUUGGACACACAUCGACACAUUGCGUUUGUUCGUUCUGAAGAAGAAGCGAGCGAAGAAGAGAGGAAACAAAAAAAUGCAACAACUACAGGAGAAAUGAAACCAAAGAAAUCUACUCAUCAAAAUUAAAAUGAAAAAAAAAACUAAAGAAAUCACACUCCGGAAAAGGGAAGAAGAACAAUCCAGUUAAAUAAAAAAGCGAAGAAGCUACCGGUUGAGUUUGAGAAGAAGAAGAUUAAAGGGCGAGAUAGCGAAAACAAGAGCUAAAGCUAAAACGCGAAGAAGAACAAAAACACAAACCACACAUGUGAAUAAAGUGAGAUUAAUAAAGAAGUAAAUAUAUUAUAUUGGCUAAAGCAAAGAACAUACAAGUCAUCAUGUGCAUUUUUAUUUUUUAUUUUUCUACAAAGCAAGAAAAUGUAUAAAAAAAACACAAAAAAAAUCAAACCUUCAAAGAGGAAAAAACGGCAUUGCUGCGGUAAUAUUAAGGCUUUUUAUAUUAUUGAUAAGAAAAAGAAAAUAAAAAUCGCACAGGUUUUGUUCAACUACUGUAAAAUAAAAACAAACAACAACAACAAACAAAAAAGGAUUUAUAAACAAAAAAGCGACAACAACAAAAAGCUAAACCAAAAUCAUUAAUAAUAUGUUUCUGCGUGCAAUAAAAGAAAGUACUGUAAUUAUUAUAUAAUACAUACUAAUUUGUAAAUCAAACGCGAGGGGUUGGGGCGAGCCUUUAAUAAUUAAUAAAAAAAAAACAACACUAGUCAAGCUUUUCAAAUAUUAUCAUUAAUGAAUAACAUAAUAAAUUUAAUAAUGAAAAUAACAACUAAUUGUAAGUAAGCUAAGUAACAAAUUUUUUGAACAUUAUCCCACGAAAUGAUGUUCGGUAAAUCAAAAGAGGAAAAAACAAAAAAGCAAAUAAGCGCGAUCUAUUUUUUUUUUAAAGAGGUACACUAACGCAUACACCGAGAAAAAAAAAACACAAACACACACAAAACAUUUUCUUUCCUAUCGUUACGUGCAUUUUCUUCAAAACCUUUAAAAUCGAAACCCAAAUUCCUUUUUCCGUGCGCGUUUCAGCUUCCCUCCAUGAGCGCUCGCGAGAGCGCACACGCCUGAGCACUCUCCCGAGAGAGAGAAGCAACAAAGAAUGACAGCGAAAGUGUUGCAGUCUCUCUCGCACACACACAUUCAACACUCACCGUCCGCUACCGUUACUCUCUCACGCGAAUGUCGCUUCAUCGUUUCACACAAACACACCCGCUCGGUGAGUGACGCGAACGCUCACUUUCUCUCGGCAACAGAGCGAGAGAGCGAGAGGGUUCACGCGAGCGCGCGCGUUGCGCUCCGCUCGCCAACUACUCUCUCACACAGCAGACACACAGACACACGCAAACAAAAAAAAACCCGCUUCUUUGUUAAAAUGAGAAAAAAAGACAAAAAUGCGAACAACAAAAAGCAACCCAAAAAGAAAUCACUCUUACAUUUUUAGCUAUAUACAUAUUGUAAAAUAUAAAAACAAAAGAAAAGGUAAACAAUAAUUUAACGUUAAAAGAGAAAAAAACGCAGAGCAGGAGCAAACGAAACAUGUUUGAAAAGAGAGAGAAAUUAAAAAAACGCACGCAAAUACACUCACACCAGACACACACACACUUUCACAUACACAGUCACUCGAGUAAUAGUGAGGAAAACAAAACAACUUAACGAGAAGAAAAUAUGAAAUAUUUUUUUUACAAAAAAAAGUUUAUCUAUGGAGGGUGGAGCAAACGGAAAGAUAUAAAAUAAACUCUAUUUUAAUUGGUAUAUUUUUUAAUCAAUUUGAGCAUCCACAAUUAGUGACAGUGACAGCCAGCCAGAAUUCGCUAGCGCAGCAAAUCAACUGUAAAUUACUUUCCACAAAACUUAGUUAUGCAGAGUAGCGUGCGUUAAAGAAAAACAUUUGCAGCUAAAAGAAUAGCAAAUCGCAUCUUUGGUUAUUUUUUAAAUCAUCAGAGCGUGCAAAAAAUGCAGUAGUCGAGCAAAUUUAAUUCCUCUUGUACAAUGCUUAAAGGCAAGUGAGAGAAAAAGGGAAAAAGGAACGAGGAGAAGAAUAAUUAUUAAUGAAAAAAAAACACACACAGAACCAUACCAAAGAUUUAACUAUAAAGAGCGACUAGUUAGAAAACAAAAAACGAAAAAAUAAAAACAAAAGGCAGAUUAGUGAAAGAGAGAGAAACAAACACACAAACACAGCGAAAACGAGAAAGAACGAGAGAGCGAGCGAUAGAAGUAGUUAAAAGAAAGAGAGAGAGCAAAAACAACAAAGAGGGAAACACACACACACAACCAAACAUUUUUAUGCAUCGUCGAUAUGAAAUUGUUUCUUGCCAGGCCCGGGUUGGAUAAAUCGAACAGAAACGGAACAGUAUUCACAAAAGAAAACAAGAGAGAACCUCGCUUGAAGCCACGCAACGUCCCAAAAAAAAAGAAAAAGAGGGAGAGAGCAAAACAAACGUCACCUUAAUCGCCAUACGCCGAAUGUCUUUGCAAAAAAACCGCCGCGCCGCAACAGACGCCACUCAUUCGUCCGUCUAUUUUGCACACACACAAAUACACACAAACAAAACGCUAGUACUCACACGCGUACAUUCAUGCUUAUUGAUGAAGAAUAUGAUAAAGAGACACUCACACACACGCAAGCAAGUAAGCAGCAAGCGAAGGGAGGAGAUUUAAAAUAUACAUUUAUACUUAAAAAUAACAAAGAAAAAAGUAAACAAACUAAUGAACAAUGCUUAUAAAGUAAAGAAAUAUUAAAGUAAAAAUUGACGGGAGCGCCGAUCCCCUUUGUCCACAAAGAAACAACAAUUUCAGUGCCUUUUUUCACGAGUGUAUGAAGGAAAAAAACAGUUUAAAGAGAAAAAAAAUUAAGCAAAAGUACAUAGGAUGCAGUAAAUUUAAUUUGCGAGUGUAUAAUUACCGGUAACAGAAGCAAAUAUAACGAAAACAAAACGUCGCGUAAGCCAAAUCCAAUAGAACUCACUAAAAGAGAACGAUAGAGAGGGAGAGGGAGCUCGUUGCACUCAGAGCGCGCACCCCGGACGCGCUCUCACUUGCGAAAGCGCGCUCGGGUGAGCGCGAUCGUAGUGAGCGCAACGCCCACACUCUUGCUUCACCCCAUUCUGUGUGUGCUUCUAGAACUCAUACAUUCGCACGCGAGAGAGCUAGGCUAUUUGCGUGAGAGCAACUCUCACGAAGCAAUUUUUCCUCUCAUUUUAGCUUAGCUUCAGGUAGAGCAGAUAAUAAACACCGAGUAGCGGAAGCAGGAAGAGUAGAAGCAAACCCAUGAUUUUUGCUUGACGCUUAACCGUUACACAAACAACCCGAAAAUUAGAGGUAAAAAUAAUCGAAAAAAAGAGUAAUUUAAACAAAAAUCUAAUUGAAAACAAACUGUCCAAAACAGAAGCAAGCGGCUUCAAGCGAGGUUCCGUGUCCAAGUAUUGGUGCAAAAAUUUCCGACGGAAUGAUAAAGAGAGAGCCACCACGCCAGAGAGUGAGUGCGUCCGUGAGCGAGAAUCGCGAGUGAGUCACUCAUUGGCGAGCGCUCCGCGGGCAACUCGCCGCAACGUCCACUACAAAAGAUCUCCAACCAAAGAAAACAAAAUCAGAACCAAGUUUUUUGUAAUACAGUUUCCUGUGUAACAACAACAACAAAUCUCUCCAGAAACAAAAAAAAAAAAUCAAUAGUCCGCGCGCGCUGCGAUCAACCACGGUAACUCAUCGCCAUAUUGGAAAAGCAUACAAAUAAACAACUAGAACAGUGUUGUGUGUAGGUAGCGAGAGGAGAAUUAGGAGUAGUAGUGGCAGAAAGACAAAUGUUCAUGGAAAUAAAAAAAACACACUCACACAUACAGAGAAAGAGAGAUAGCCGAAAUAAAAUAUUUAAAAGUUUUCAUUUUUAGCUUCUUUUGAAAGGGACACAAACACAAACUCACACAUACAUAAACAGAUAAAAGCUUUUAAACUUUGAAAAUAAAGCGCUGUCGCAUUUCAUAUCGUUAGAUAAUUGUAAUCAUUUAUUUUGUGGUAUUAGUUGAACGGAAAGAGUAUUAACACAGACUAGCGAACAGACCCUCAUGUAUAUAGCGACUUCCCCAGCUAUAUGAUGAAACCAACUAGAGAAAAAAAAACGAAUGUUUAGGAUUGUGAAACUAAUAUUUAUAGAUUAUUUAUCCACUAUCGCUACCGGCGUAAAACUAUUCAUAUACUUGCGUACUAGUAUGAUCAGUUCACUUGUCUUUACAGUAUAGUUUGAGUAUUACAAAACAUCAAACCAUCUUCACACAAAUACACUGACACACACGAAGUCUCUCAAUCAGACGUGAGGCAAACGAAGCACAAAGAAGAAGAAGAGGAAGAAACGAUCGCUAGCUAAUUUUGAAAAUAAAAAAUCUCUGCGGAAUGAAGAAAAGACAAUGAAACAAUUUGCCUAUCACACGUUGCAUAAAUAUCAAAUUGUUGUAAAACAUUCUUUCCUAAUUGUUCCGAAUAUUUCGUUAGCAUAAUUCUCAUUUGUUACGUUUUUCUCUUUGUCAUCAUUGAAGUUGAAUGAGAGCAAAUAGCACAAGAUUCAAUAAAAAAAAUAAAUCUGAAAAAAAAACAAAAAAAAA